GGACGAUAGAAGCGAGACGCGAUGGAGUACGAAUUAUUUCUUAUAUUCAUUGGAAUUUUACAACUGUCGUAUCAGAACCAGGACUUUUACCAUAAAAGAUAUGAUAAGGAUGACAACGCUAGACAAGUCCCUCACAGGAUCCUGCAGAUCAUGACCAGCUACCAUGAAGAGGCCACCCAAAGGAUCCACAAUUUGAACCACAUGAGGUUCAUGUAUGAGGAAUCUCCUCAUUAUGAGAUGGGAUAUAUAAUGGGGGAGAUUGUAGAAAGAUACAGAAGAAUGGUUGAGACCGCUAAAGCACCAAUGGAGUUCAGGUCCCACGGUGUAUUUGCUACAAUUAAAAGGACAGAAUUAGUGGAGAAAUUAUACUUUGAAACGUAUCACCUCAUAGAAAUGAUGAACGAGAUUCCACGAAAGUAUCAAAGCAAGACGGAGUUUGUCCAACUAGUGCCAGACAAGACGCUGGAUUUAAAGCAAAUAUAUAAAGCGCAGGAGAGACUAAAAAUGAUAGAGCAGCAACAGGAAUUGGAGAGAAAGAAACGAAUGAAGAUAUUGAAGAAGAUACGCGAUGCUAUGAAUAAGGGCGGAGGCGAUAAAGGCUAUUACGAUGACCCAUCUAAAUUUAAGAAGGUCUACAAUAGACUGUGGCCGCUCGACUACGGUUGGGAAAUCGAUGAGAUGUGGUAA